AUGACUGACGGCUUCGACUACCCAUUGCAGGACGCGUACCCGGGCCAGACGACUACUGUCGCCGUUAACAAUAUCCCCUCGCACACCAACCUGCACUGGCUCGAGACGACGCUCAUGCAGCUCUGUACAGGGUUCAAGUCGUUGACAUUUGGAGACACCCCGCCACAGCAUACCAAGAAUGCGCAGCUCUCGCUCGCGACGACAGCGGAUGCCGACCGCGCGCUGGCGAUCCUCAACACGCACCCAGCCCUGCGAGGCAGCUUCGUCUCCUUUGUGCUACCCGGCUACGGGAGAAUGUACCCCGACAUCCUGACGCCGUUCACGCGCCGGAUCAUCGCUCCGUGCACGGUCAAGGACGUCGGAGGCGGAGGCGGCGGCGGCGGCGCGGCCGAGCCUGCCAACUUGGCCGAUGCUGAGUGGAUGGAAGACUGCCAGUGGCCCGAAGACUUCCCCACGCCGGGACACGUGUAUGACGAGCUCAUCCAGUACGGCCCUAUCCACCACGUCACUCUGGACUACACGGACGACUCGUGCCAGAAGUGGGACGUCAUGGUCCAGUUCUUUCAUCCAGGAGAUGCCGCGCACCUGGACGCCGCCGCGCAGGUUGGUAAUGGCGUGAUGAACUUCCUGGGCCGCAACGUCACCGUCGCAAAGUCGCCAAUAGACGUGCGCGUCGCCAACCGGAUGGCUGACAUUAACGCUCGGCGCGAGGAGCGCAACCAGCCGCCCCUGAGCCCGGGCUAUGGUCAGCCGCUGUUCCCCCUGCCGCCGGGGGUAUCGCCCACAGCAUAA